AUGGCAAAGCGCUUCUCCGCCGCCGACGUCGCGUCGCACAAGACUGCGAGCGACCUGUGGAUCAUCGUCGACGAGGACGUCUACGACCUCACCACCUUCCAGGAUGAGCACCCUGGCGGCAAGAAGAUUCUCCAGCGCGUAGCUGGCAAGGACGCGUCCAAGCAGUUCUGGAAGUACCACAACGAGGGCAUCCUCAAAAAGUACCAGGCCAAGCUGCAGGUCGGAUCACUCGACACCAAGGCAGCCCCCCCGCCGCCUCCUGCGCCAAAGAGGGAAGUCGUCAAGCCAGAGGCCAACCCUGGCGUCGUGGCGCCCCAGCCCACCAAGGAGGCCGAGGAGUCGGAGCCGUUUGAUGCUUACGGCGACCUCAUCCCAUAUGCCGACCCUUCGUGGUACCAGACAUACCACUCUCCCUACUUCAACGAGACCCACGCCGCUCUGCGCGAAGAAGUCCGCGAAUGGGUCGAGGAGAAAAUCAUGCCAUACGUCACCGAAUGGGAUGAGGCCAAGAAAAUCCCCGACGAGAUCUUCCAGCAAAUGGGCGAACGAGGAUACCUUGCUGGAACGCUUGGGGUCCAGUUCCCUACCCAAUACACCGACCGCAGAGUCAAGAGCGUGCCGCCAGAGAAGUGGGAUCACUUCCACGAGAUGAUCAUCACCGAUGAGCUGUCGAGGACAGGUAGCGGUGGUCUCGUCUGGGGUCUGAUCGGUGGCUACGGCAUCGGCGCACCGCCUCUGUUCAAGUUUGGCAAGAAGGAACUCAUCAAGCGUAUUGGCCCAGAUCUACUCAGCGGAAAGAAGAGGAUCUGUUUGGCCAUUACCGAGCCAGAUGCCGGAAGCGACGUUGCAAACCUGACCUGCGAAGCCAAACUCUCCGAAGAUGGCAAGCACUACAUUGUCAAUGGCGAGAAGAAAUGGAUCACCAACGGUAUCUGGUCCGACUACUUCACAACUGCUGUCCGCACUGGCGGCGAGGGCAUGAACGGUGUUUCGGUCCUUUUGAUCGAGCGCAGCGCAGGCGGCGUCUCGACCCGAAAGAUGGACUGCCAGGGUGUGUGGAGCAGUGGCACUACCUACGUCACCUUUGAGGAUGUCAAGGUUCCCGUUGAGAACCUCAUUGGCAAGGAAAACCAGGGUUUCAAGGUCGUCAUGACGAACUUCAACCACGAGCGUAUUGGUAUCAUCAUCCAAUGUCUGCGUUUUGCCCGUGUGUGCUACGAAGAGAGCGUCAAGUACGCACACAAGCGCAAGACAUUUGGAAAGCGUCUCAUCGACCACCCCGUCAUUCGCCUCAAGCUCGCACACAUGGUUCGUCAGAUUGAGGCCAGUUACAACUGGAUGGAGAAUCUCAUCUACCAGUGCCAGAAGAUGAACGACAUGGAGGCCAUGCUCAAGCUUGGAGGUGCCAUUGCCAGUCUCAAGGCCCAGAGCACAACAACCUUUGAAUUUUGUGCCAGGGAAGCCAGUCAAAUCUUUGGUGGUUUGAGUUAUAGCCGAGGCGGACAGGGUGCCAAGGUCGAACGGCUAUACAGAGACGUCAGGGCCUAUGCUAUCCCGGGUGGUAGCGAAGAGAUUAUGCUCGACCUGAGUAUCAGGCAAGCUCUGAGGGUACACAAAGUCUUGGGUAUGAAGCUAUAG